AUGCUCUCCUUUUCGGCAUUCGGUCUACUCGUCCUCACCGUCGGUCCUGCUCUCUGCAUUCCUCCACCAGACUUUGGCUUCCCAGAGGCUCCGAAUGAUACAGCCCUCGCGGUCACAUACCCGAACAAUGGCAGUCCACUUGUCGUCGCAGAAGCCCAACUCUUCGGCGUGACGAUCCCGUCUCAAGAACCUACCGUGGCCGUCGAUCCCUCUAGAUUCGAGUCCAUCGCAACCUACAAUGGUUCCUACACCCUCAUCAUGGUCGAUCCCGAUGCCAGAUACCCUGAAGAGCCCACCUCCCGAUUCAUUCUCCACUGGCUGCAGACCAACAUGACAACCGCUCAACAAGCUGCGGACGGAACCACUCAACUCAUCAAUAAUACCCAGCCACGAGCGCCAUACCGGGGUCCUGGGCCCCCAACGAACUCGUCCGCCCAUCGAUACAUCCUGUAUGCGUUCUUCCAGCACGAAAAUUUCACAUUCCCGCCAGCUUUCGAAGGUUACAAUGCUACAAACCGGACUAGCUUCAACCUGACAGAGUUCCUGGAUCAGUCGAAUCUGGGUCAGACAGCUGCUGCUGCAAUGUACUUCUUCGCCAGCAAUCAGACCGGAGUGCCUCCAGACUUUGUUGCUGCUGCUGGAGCAACGUAUCCAGGCGGGAAUGGUGCGAUGAUCACGGAAGGCCCCGGACCAAGCAUCACACCUUCUUCGACGCCCGCCACUGCUACGGCAUCGGCGACCGGAGCAAGCUCUGAGGACUCGAACUCCGCCAGCGAAUCUGGAGGUGCCUCGGCGACGGAAUCGGCAGCAUCACCCUCACCUUCAAGCGACGCUGUCAAGACAAGAGCCGGACUAGGUAUGGUCAUGCUAGCAUGCACGUUGAUCGCCAUGACUUUGGCGUGA